UGCGCCGGACAAAGGCAAGGCAAGGCAAGGCUGCGUCGCUGAACCCCUCGCCCCCGUCGCGCCUCGCCCUUCCUGACGCAGACAUUAAUGUCACUUACGCCCGGUUUUCAAUGCGUCCACCCACGCACUCUGACGACGACUAAAACUCCGAUCCCCCGCCCGCCUCUUUUUCCUCACCACGAGAUACUCUUCCUCCCUCCUCCAUGUCUACUGCUACUGCUAGCAAUAAAGAAAACGUGUCAGCACCGAGGGGCCGGCCGGCUCCACCAGCUCAGCUCAGAAAGAGAGGAGGAUUAAGGAGAGAGAACAGAGGGAAUAGAGAGUACGUCUAGGAGUGAGCGAGAGAUGAGAGAGAAGGGCCGUGUGGCGUGCGUGUGUGAGCUGCGCUGUGAGCACUGUCUGGUGCUGCGGCCAAGCAAGAGGACAUGCAUGUGAAGCCCCGCCCCCAAUAAUUCCUCUCCUCACCCACACAAAGGCCACAGCUAGCGAGUACAGGUACACCACCACCACCCCCGACCCGACGGCCAGCCGCCAGCUGCUGCGCCUUUGUUCCCAUGCGCCGCAACAAGCCUCCCUCCUCUCACUUGCUCACGCCAUCAAGAAUCUUCCCCCCCCCCCCUCUUCCUCCUCGCUCCUCCUGCCUGGCCUCUCUCUCCCCUCUCCUCCCUCCUGUGAGUGAGUGAGCUGGAGCCGAGCGGCUAGCGGAGCGAGUAAUGGCAUGGGGAGCUUGCACUGCUGCGCUCCUGCUGCUGCUCCUCCUCGCCGCCGCCGCCGCCACCGCAGCAGCAGGUGGUAAUGGCGGCGGCGUGCAUUGCCUUCACCUUGAGGAGGACGGGAGCCGGCACCGGCACCAGCACCACCUCAGCAGGAGAGCCUUGCGGCAGGGGAGGCAGAGGCACCCGCACCACCUGAGGUCAAGAGCCGUGGGUGGCGCCACGGUGCUCGAGCUCAGGCACCGCAGCUUCAGCUCCGCGCCGCCGGCCAGUAGCAGGGAGGAGGAGGUGGACGGCCUCCUGUCCACCGACGCCGCGCGCGUGUCGUCGCUGCAACGGCGCAUCGACAGGUACAGGCGGCUGAUGAUCACCUCGUCGGCCGAGGUGGCGGUGGCGGUGGCCGCGUCCAAGGCGCAGGUGCCCGUCACCUCGGGCGCCAAGCUCCGGACGCUCAACUACGUGGCCACCGUCGGGCUGGGCGGCGGCGAGGCCACGGUGAUCGUGGACACGGCCAGCGAGCUCACCUGGGUGCAGUGCGCGCCGUGCGAGUCGUGCCACGACCAGCAGGACCCGCUCUUCGACCCGUCCUCGUCGCCGUCCUACGCCGCCGUGCCCUGCAACUCCUCCUCCUGCGACGCGCUGCAGCUGGCCACGGGCGGCACGUCGGGCGGCGCCGCGGCGUGCCAGGGCCAGGACCAGUCGGCGGCGGCCUGCAGCUACACGCUCAGCUACCGCGACGGCUCCUACUCCCGCGGCGUGCUGGCGCACGACAGGCUGAGCCUGGCCGGGGAGGUCAUCGACGGCUUCGUGUUCGGCUGCGGCACCAGCAACCAGGGCCCGCCGUUCGGCGGCACGUCGGGCCUCAUGGGGCUCGGCCGGAGCCAGCUCUCGCUCGUCUCCCAGACCAUGGACCAGUUCGGCGGCGUCUUCUCCUACUGCCUCCCGCUCAAGGAGUCCGACUCGUCGGGGUCCCUCGUCAUCGGCGACGACUCGUCGGUGUACCGGAACUCGACACCGAUCGUGUACGCCUCCAUGGUGUCCGACCCUCUCCAAGGUCCCUUCUACUUCGUGAACCUGACCGGGAUCACGGUCGGCGGCCAGGAGGUGGAAUCCUCGGGCUUCUCGUCCGGCGGCGGCGGCGGCAAGGCCAUCAUCGACUCCGGCACCGUGAUCACGAGCCUCGUGCCGUCGAUCUACAACGCCGUCAAGGCCGAGUUCCUGAGCCAGUUCGCAGAGUACCCGCAGGCUCCGGGGUUCUCCAUCCUCGACACGUGCUUCAACAUGACCGGGCUCAGGGAGGUCCAGGUGCCCAGCCUGAAGCUCGUGUUCGACGGCGGCGUGGAGGUGGAGGUGGACUCCGGCGGCGUGCUCUACUUCGUCAGCAGCGACUCCUCGCAGGUGUGCCUCGCCAUGGCGCCCCUGAAAUCCGAGUACGAGACCAACAUCAUCGGCAACUACCAGCAGAAGAACCUGAGGGUCAUCUUUGACACCUCGGGCUCUCAGGUUGGUUUUGCACAGGAGACGUGUGGUUAUAUUUGACUUGACUGGGACUGAGACUGGAUGCAUGGGCAUGGGGGCAGGGGCAGCAGCCAUGGGCUAUAUAUGUGAAUAUCUUUAUACUUGCAGAUUUGUUUCUGAGAUUACCUCUGGUGAUUGGCAAAUGGUAAUACAGUGUUUAGUUGUUGGCAAAUGAACAAGCACUCACGGUUGUUGUUUUU